GCAUGAGAGCACUGAAACCAAAGAAAUGCUGUUAUUUUAUAAACUGGAAAAUAGCACGCUAUAUCUUCGCUUAUUUCUUACUGGCCCUCCAGACCCGUACGGUUGAUUACAGCGUAUCAACUGUACAUUAUUACUUCGUUCGAGUCAUUGAUGUGGAUGUCUCUCCAGACAGUGAAUAUUUAACAGAGGUUAUCUUAUUCAUUCUGUUCGCCGGUGCUUUGGUGAUCGCAGUCGCCAUCUCUGUUGUAGCAUUUACCAUUGUCUUGCUAGUCGGAUUGUACACGGACAAUUGGAAAUUCUUAAAAAUGUAUUUGAUAUUCGGUGCAAUGAUGCUCGUGUUAUUUAUAAUCGUAUCCAUUUUGGCUGAACUUAUUAUGAAAAAGGAAUCGUCAGAAUCCAUUGGAAACAGUAUUGCUAUAGCGUUCAAUGCAUACUUUUUGUAUGUCAUCAGAUCGUUCUGGUUAUCACUUGAUCCUUAUCCGAAGACAGAUUCAGAAAAUAUAUAAAAGUUAUGAAACGAUAUGCUCAAGAAAGGAUUCAAAAAAUCUGAGAGUAUUCAAACUUCUUAAAGCAUACGAACGGUGACAAGAUUUGCACGUGGAAACAUAAUUUAUUAAUGUACCUU